CCUCUCUCUCUCUAUACCUUUCUUGCCCAAGCAGUCAAUCAAGCUGGGAAACUUAAACAGAAAGCGAAGCAAUUAAAGGCCACCACCGCCUUCACUUGUUCCUUUUGGUUAUUUUCCUCUUGCUGUGGCUUAACUUGACAAGAAGAAGAUGCUACGUCGGCAAGGCCGAGGUGGAAAAUUUCUGGAGGAGGUGCUCAUCGUCGGCGGGCUCCUGCUGGUGCAGUGCGUGCUCUCCGGCUACGUGGUCUUCACCGACCACCUGCUCGCCCUCGGCGCCGACCCGCUGGCCGUCGUCGUCGUCGCCGGAGCCGCCUACGCCGCCUUCUGCUUUCCCUUCGCCGUCGCCCUCGAGAGGAAGCGAUGGCCUUCCACGGUUUCGGGGACUCUGGUGGCGCAAUACCUGCUCAUUGCUCUUGGAGGGACAACCGCGUUCCAAGCGCUGAUGCUGCUGGGGAUCAAGAAGACCACGCCGGCCAUCGCAUCCGCCAUGCCCAACCUCAGCCCCGGCCUCAUCUUCAUCGUCGCAGCCUGUUUCAGGCUGGAGAGGUUCGACAGGGCGUGCAAGUACACGCAGGCGAAGAUGGCGGGGACGGUGGUGUGCCUGGCGGGAGCGCUGGCCAUGGGCUUCCUGCACAGCCCAACUUCUACGUCCUCCUCUCUGCAGGCAGCAGCAGGAGGUGGCGACUACUACUACGACUGGAUCCUCGGCUGCUGCUGCCUCGUCGCCGCCGUCACCGUCUUCGCGCUCGUCACCGUCCUGCAGGCCGCCACGCUCGCCGCCUUCCCCGCGCCGCUCACCAUGUGCUGCGCCACCUCCGCGACGGGCGCCGCUCUCACCGCCGUCCUGCGGCUCGUCCUGGAAGGGAGGUUCCUCGGCAUGGGGUCGCCCAGGAUCGACGCCACGCUCGUCGCGGGGAUCGUCGUCCUCGGCGGGGCCGCGGUGGGCGCGUGCAUGGCGUUCCAGGCGUGGUGCCUGGGCAGGAAGGGCCCGCUGUUCGUCUCCGUCUUCGGGCCCGUCCAGACCGUCUGCACCGCCAUCCUCUCCGCGGCUCUCCUCCGCCAAGUCCUCAGCCUGGGAAGCCUCGCAGGGAUCGUGCUCAUGUUCACUGGGCUCUACAUUGUCCUAUGGGCCAAGAGCAACGAGAUCUCGGCUGACGACGAGGAACAGUCGUUGCAGGGUGGCGACGACGCCGAGAAGGCACUCCUAGCCUAGCAAAAUCCAGAGCGAAUAUCACUGCACGCUCUGUAUUUGUAAAAAUGGAAUGGUGUUGGUGUCUACGUACAUACUCGAGAGGAGGAUUUAGAGAAAAAAAAGGACAUGGCUACGUUUGUUCAUAAAAAAAGGAAACAAGAAAAGCACGUCUCAACUAUGCACUUCUUUUAUAUGUGGACUUUCAAGCACGUCUGUGCCUAAAAAAAGAAACAAGAAAAGCACCUUUUGUG